AUGGCAGAGCUGAAGACAGAGUCGUCGUUACCACGUGGAAAAAGACCACUGUUAUCAUGGAAUGCUGUGGUGUACUCGUCAACUUCUUUGGGUUCCACAAUGAUGAACUCUGUUUUCCAAUUCUACUACGUCAAGUUGUUCUUGAACCAGUACAAGAUUACAGAGGAUUGGUUCAACAUAGCUCAGACAAUCUAUAUGAUUUGGAACGCAGUUAAUGACCCCUUGUUUGGUUACUUUCAAGACAAUUCCAAAAUCUUUCAAGAGAGACGCUUGUCAAUAUUAUAUGGAGCGCCACUAUAUGCACUGUGUUUCCUGUUGCCAUGGUUUCCAUGGGCUGGGUAUGAAGAGUCACCGAAUUGGGUGGUUGGAUUACAUCUUCUCACAAGUCUCUGUCUCUAUGAUUCACUUUUUACAUUUGUUCUUCUGGCCCAGUGUGCGAUCUUUACUGAAAUGUCCAAGCAGCAUGGUGUGCGACUUCAGCUCAUUAAAUACGGCCAGUGUGCGUCUUUGAUUGGUUCCAGCACAGUGCUUUGGGCAGAGUUGUUUUCGGACAGUUUACAUAAUUUCCAUAUGUUCCAGUGUUACUGUAUCUAUGUAGCUUUUCUGAGCUGGAUAUUUAUGCGUUACACUGGAAUCCACGCAACUACUAACUAUAAAAUCCAGGGUGAAAGCAAUACCCCAAACGCAAGAAUCCAAGACACAGAAAAUAGUAUAUGGAAAUUGUCAAAGCAAAUAAUAUCUGAAAAAAACUUUUUAAUGUUUGUUAUAAUGAAUUUUUGUCAAGUUUUUCAUCUUGCUUUUGGGAGUAAUUUCCUUGCCAUAUUUGGUGAUGCUUUAAUCCCUCAGAAGACCUGUCGCCGUUAUUUCCGGAAGUUUUUAUACGGAUCAUCAUCCAUGGUUCCCAAGGUGCUUAUAAUAUUAUUUGGAAGUCUAGUUAUGGAACGAUUUGGUUCGUAUAAAGUCAUAUUGAUAUCUUUUUAUAUAAAAGUUAUUACUGGAAUCUUAAUGUUCAGUCUUGGAAGAUCUCAUACAUGGUGUCUUGUGAUAUUCUUCCUCAUGGAUAGGAGUCUGCCCUAUUGUGCUUUCAGCUUUUUCAAAAUGCCGCUGUCUGAUAUCAUCGACGAUGAUGCGGCCCGAUUUAAGCGAAAAUCACCUCUGUCUUCUAUGAUGUUCGGUACCAAUGCGUUGUUUACAAAACCAGCCCAAUCUGUCGCUCCUAUGUUGGUAGUCAGUAUACUCAAUCGUCAUGGAUACCAGUCAGCUAUAUCUCAUGGACAUAUGGAAGACAAUUCUGAAUUGCUUGAUGCAAUAUUUCUAUUGGUUUGUGCAGUGCCCACUGUACUAGGAGUGUGUCAGUUGUUGGCAUGGUUACAGUAUACACUACGAAGCAGCCAUCUUGAAACACCAAAAUCUAUGGAAGUUUAA